AUGUACGACCAACCAGAAAGUCACAACAAGAGAAGCAAAGCAAUGGAAAUCCAAACAGUUCAUCAGAACUUGCACUGGGAGCCCAAUUCCAUCCCGAAUAUCAACUACACUUCGGAUGAAGACGAUUUCGAGAGUGGAAACAGCACCGCAAAAUUAUACGAACGGUCACGCAUCAAAGCGCUUGCUGAUGAGCGUGAAAUUGUUCAGAAGAAGACGUUCACUAAAUGGGUCAAUUCACAUUUGGUAGUUGUAUCGUGCAGUAUUGAAGACCUGUAUUUGGAUCUACGUGAUGGCAAAAUGCUCUUGAAACUACUUGAAAUACUUUCGGGGGAGCGCCUUCCACCGCCCACUCGAGGCAAAAUGCGCAUCCACUGUCUCGAAAACGUGGACAAAUCGUUAAACUUCCUAUGUGACCAACAUGUACAUCUGGAAAAUGUUGGUGCUCAUGAUAUUGUCGAUGGCAGCCCACGACUCACACUUGGCCUUAUUUGGACUAUCAUUUUGCGGUUCCAAAUACAGGAUAUCGUGGUUGAGGAACAGAUGACCAGUGAGACUCGUUGUGCGAAGGAUGCACUCCUGCUAUGGUGUCAGAUGAAAACUGCUGGUUACCCGAACGUUAAUGUUCGAAACUUCACCACAAGUUGGCGUGAUGGUUUGGCAUUUAACGCUCUGAUUCACAAGCAUCGGCCUGACUUGAUCAACUAUGCGGCUCUUUCUAAAGCAGAACCGAUGAAAAACCUCACAAAUGCCUUCAGUGUGGCAGAAGAAAGGUUACACCUUACACCUCUGCUGGACCCGUCAGAUGUUUGUGUAGAGCAGCCGGAUGAGAAGUCCAUUAUUACUUACGUUGUCACAUAUUACCACUACUUCAACAAAAUGAAGGCGGAUACCGUACACUCGAAACGGAUCGGCAAAAUUGUGAAUCAAGCCAUAGAAACAGAGGACAUGAUCAAUCAAUAUGAGCAACUCACGUCUGACCUUCUUGAGUGGAUUGAAAAAACCAUCGAAUUGCUGAACAAUCGUACAUUUUCCAACUCUCUUUCUGGAGUCCAACAUCAACUAGCUGGAUUUAAUACUUACCGCACAGCUGACAAACCUCCAAAGUUUGAAGAGAAGGGUGGUCUGGAGGUCCUCCUCUUCACGAUACGUAGUCGUAUGCGCUCGAAUAACCAAGCCAUUUAUAAUCCCCCUGAGGGAAAGCUUAUUUCUGAUAUCAAUCGUGCCUGGGAAGAACUGGAAAGGGCAGAACAUGCCCGUGAACUUGCCUUGCGCGAUGAGCUAAUUCGACAAGAGAAGUUGGAGCAACUUGCUUCCCGCUUCGAUCGCAAAGCUGGUUUGAGGGAAGCUUGGUUAACUGACAAUCAGCGUCUAGUUGCUCAGGACAACUUUGGACAAGAUCUUGCAGCAGUAGAGGCUGCCACAAAGAAGCACGAGGCUAUCGAAACCGACAUUUACGCUUACCAAGAGCGUGUUAACGCCAUGGUGAAUGUGGCCGAGGAACUUGAGCGAGAGAACUAUCAUGACCUUGAACGGGUCCAACUCCGACGCGAUAACGUCCUUGCAUUAUGGGGAAAUCUAAUUAGCUCUCUGACACUUCGUCGCCAUCGCUUGGACCUGAGCCUUCAGCUACAACAUGUCUUCCAAGAAAUGAGCUACUUGAUGGAUUGGAUUGAAGAAAUAAAGGGUCGAUUGCGCUCUACUGAUUAUGGGAAACAUCUAAUGGGUGUUGAAGAUCUUAUUCAAAAGCACGCAUUGAUUGAAGCCGAUAUACGAGUGUUGGGUGGUCGUAUGGAGCAAGUGCUUCAGCAGGCGGAUCCUUUCAUAACUUGCGCUUUCCCACAGGAAGUUGGCUCAUACAGGCCAAUUGAACCAGAUGUUGUACAAGAGCGAGGCCGUGAACUGCGCGCUGCUUAUGAAGAGCUUCAUGACUUGAAAGACGCCCGUCUGCAAGGCUUGCAGGAUUCAAAGAAAAUGUGGCAGUUCUUCUGGGACAUGGAGGAUGAGAAAGAAUGGAUAAAGGAAAAAAGUCAGCUUAUGUCCAGUCCAGAUUUGGGACAUGACCUCAGUUCCGUCGGCCGCCUUUUACGUAAGCAUAAGGCGAUAGAAGAGGACUCCACGGUUCACCUUGGAGUCUUACAAAACGCCCUGAAGAAUGGUGAUAAGUUAAUCGAAGAAGGUAAUUUAGGCAAGGAGCAGAUUGAGCAGCAUAUGCGUGAAAUGAAGCAGCUUUGGGAUCAGUUAGUCGAUCAGACAGCAGAUCGUAAGCAGCGUUUGAUGGAGUCACAAGAAUUCUUCCAGCUAUUAGCCGAUUGUGAUGAUGCUGAUGUGUGGUUGGCUGAGCAACAGCGGACCGUCAGUAAUGAGGAUGUUGGUUUGAAACUAGCGACCACUGAAAGUCUACUUAAGAACAACCAAGAAAUAAUGGACAAUCUGAACGAGUACCAGAAGACGAUUGACCAACUUCAUCAGCAGGCAGCCACUGUGUCUGAUUACCCAGAUUGUGAUGCGGCAACCAUUGGUAGUCGUCUUGAUGCUGUUGACAGACAUUACGCUGAUGUCGUCGGAUUAUGCAAGCUGCGACAGCAGCGUUUGCUUGAUGCGCUAGCCAUGUACAAGCUUUUUGACGUAUCUGACACUGUGCGUACGUGGAUUACGGAGAAAGAAAGACUGCUAACAACUUUAGUCCCCAGCGAUGAAUUGGAACUUGAAGUUAUCCGGCAUCGUUUUGAAUGCUUUGAAAGGGAGUUGACUGCGAACGCCGAGAAGGUUGAGUCCGUGAACAAAUUGUCAGAAGGCAUGCUUGUUACUGAUCACCCAGAUGGUUCGAAAAUACUCGCACAACAAGACACAUUGAAUGCAUCCUGGAACCAGUUGGCGGAUCUGGUAGACAACCGAAAACGGCAACUUGAUUUGGCCUAUCAGUAUAAUCAAUUCUUGAUAGAAAGUGCGGAGACAGCUAAUUGGAUCAAGGAGAAAGCCAAAUUAGUGGAGUCUACCGACGAACUGGGUAAUGAUCUCAGCGGUAUUAUGCAGCUACAGCGCCGCCUUGGAGGUCUUCAGCGUGACCUGAAAGCAAUCGAAGCAAAAGUUGAGCAUUUGGAUAAGCAGGCUGAAGAAUUGUGCCAAGCCAAGCCAGAACAAGCCAACGUUGUUUCAGCUGAACGAGCAAAAAUACAUGAAUUAUGGGACGAGUUGAAAGAAAUGCUAAAAGACAGGGAUGACAGACUGAAUUAUUCCAGUGAGCUCCAGCGAUUCUUACAGGAUCUGGAUCAUUUCCAAAUGUGGUUACGCCGAACUCAAACCGACGUGGCGUCAGAAGACAUACCAAACAAUCUUCAGGAGGCAGAAGCAUUGGUUGAUAACCACAAACAGCUGGGUGCCGAAAUCGAUGGAUACGAAGCUGACUUCCACCGCCUAAUGGACUUUGGUCGACGGGAAACUGAGGGAAAGACGGAUGCCCAAUAUGAGUACCUUGCCAAGCGACUUGACCUUAUUGAAGAGGACUGGGACGCGCUGCAUAAUAUGUAUGCCAAACGUGGUGAAAUACUGAGUCAGAAUGUUGAGGCCCAUACCUUCUUCCGAGAUGCUUUACAGGCAGAUAUUGUUCUUGCUAAACUGGAGCAAGCGGUUGCCAAAGAGGAAACGCCGACCUCUCUGGAGGCAGCAGAGGAGAAUUUGAGACAAUGGGACGUUCUGGAAGCAUCGAUUCUCAAAAAUGACGAGCGCAUUGACCACGUUUUAGCUCAGGGUCAAGAUCUAAUUGAUAGAAAAAUAUUCCCUGUGGAGAAAAUGCAGGCGAAAUGUGAGCAGCUCGCCAGUCGACGGGAGUCCUUGAAAAAGCGUGCUGCUGAACGGAAAGAAGCGUUAGAAGAGCAGUUACACCUCCAACAGUUUUGUCAGGAGGUCGAUGAUGUCGAGGAGUGGCUCACAGAGAAAGCAGUUGCGGUCACGGAACAACCAACUCCCCUGGCCAAGAAUAUUGCCCUGUUGUAUGGUCGCUUUAAAGCAUUCGAAGGAGAGUUGGACGCCAAUAAAGAUAAGAUCGCCGAUGUUAUUAAGGAAGGUCAAGUCCUCAUGCAGUCUCAUCCUAUGCUCGAAGCCCAAAUUCAACCGCGCAUUGAAGCCCUUCAGCGGCAGUGGGUGGAACUUGAAACUACUGCAGCUGACAAGAGUGCCAAGAUGGCGGAUGCCAACCGGGAAACCCUGUUUGACGAGACGGCCAAAUCGAUGAUGACCUGGAUAACGGAAGUCAGAACCCAGAUCGUCACUACCACAGAAGACGUGACCGAGGAGAUCGGUCUUGUUGAACUAAAUGAGCAUUUGAAAGACCAGGAUCGUAAGGAUCAGGAACUCCAGUCUAAGCGACGCAUGUUGGAAGAUAUGGCUACUCAUGCUGAGAAACUCAAAGAACAGUAUCCUGAUCGUCAGGAAGAAUUUGAACAAGUCCAUCAGGAAGUCCGCAUUCGGCUUACGGAAUUAGAGGCUCCACUUGCUUCUCGCCGCGAAAAACUGUUAAAACAGAAACGAGUACGUCAAUUCUUGCGUGACAUCGAAGACGAGAAGGAUUGGAUAAAGGAUAAACUUGCGCUUAUCGAGGACUCGAGCAAAAUGGGCAACUCACUGUUGGCGGCACAGCAACUUUUGCGUCGUCAUCGCAUGUUAGCAAACGAGGUAGAAAACCAUCGUCCUCGGAUAGAUUCCGUUUGCCAGGAAGGUGAGCAGAUGAUUCAAGAAGGCCAUCCAAGAAGCGAUAGAUUCCGCAAGGCGAUUGAUGAACUGUGGGAUCUUUGGGGGCAGUUGGAAGAAGUCGUAUCAAGCAGACAUCAGAAGCUUCUAGAAAACGAAGUUGCUCAACAAUAUCUAUUCGACGCCAGCGAGGCAGAAGCUUGGAUGGGCGAACAAGAGCUCUAUCUCAUGGGUGAAGAGCGCGCUAAGGAUGAGCAAGGAGCUAACAAUGCAAUGAAGAGGCACGAGCAACUGCAAAAGGUCGUUGAAAACUAUUCCGCUGAGAUCCGAAACCUGGGUGAACGCAGUCGUGCCAUGCUAGAAGCCAAUCAUCCUGAGGCUGAGGCUGUAGCGAUUAAACAGGCUCGUGUGGAUAAGAUGUACGCCGGCUUACGUGAACUCUGCGUGGAACGUCGGGCCAGGUUGGAGGAAAUUCUCAAACUUUACUCGCUGUUGCGAGAUAUUCUGGACUUGGAGGCUUGGAUCGCCGAGCGCAUCGCAGUUGCCAGUAGCCAUGAACUUGGUGCCGACUACGAACACUGCUGUCUGCUACGAGAACGGUUUGCUGAGUUCGCGCGGGAAACUAGUGAGUUGGGCAGACACCGUAUCGGAGCUGCCAAUGAGCUUUGUGAUGCACUCAUCGAUCAGGGUCAUGGGGAAGCCGCCGAAAUCGCUGGAUGGAAGGAUCGCGUGAAUGAAGCAUGGGCUGAUUUGCUGGAAUUAAUUGAUACACGUAUACAGCUUCUCAAGACUGCCUGGGAUCUGCACAAAUUUCUGUCUGACUGUCAGGAUGUUCUGGAUCGUAUUGCUGAAAAAGCUAGUAGCAUUCCGGAAGAAGUGGGACGUGAUGCAAAAGCAGUGGCUGCCCUUCAACGCAAACAUGCUACUUUUGAAUAUGAUCUUUCUCGUCUGGGGUCCCAGGUCGAGGGAAUAAUAGAGGCUGCCAAUGGACUGCUGCCAUCGUAUGCUGGCGAUAAGGAACGGUUGAUAUGUGAUCGCCGGGAUGAAGUUAUUCAUGCAUGGCGUCAACUCCAGUGUUCUACAGAACAACGAAAGAUUCAUCUUCUAGAUGCAGCCGACGUCCAUCGCUUUUUCGCUAUGGUACGCGAGCUUCGCAUGUGGAUGGAAACCAUGCGAACAGAGAUGGCGACUAAGGAAAAACCGAGAGAUGUUUCUGGUAUCGAUCUGCUGAUGAACAAUCACCGUAGCCUCAAGGCGGAGAUCGAUGCUCGAGAAGAAAACUUCAGCAUUUGCUUGAGCUUAGGUCGAACGUUGCUAAAUCGACGACAUCCUCGGGAAGAAGAGGUUCGGGAAAAAUGCAUACAGUUGGUGACUGAACGAAUUCAACUGAUCGAUCAGUGGACUGAGCGUUGGGAAACCCUUCAGCUUCUGCUGGAAGUUUAUCAGUUCGCUCGUGAUGCUGAGGUUGCUGAAGCCUGGCUGAUGGCGCAAGAACCGUACCUUGCCAGUAAAGAUCUUGGUGAGACACUGGACGAAACCCUGGCUCUGCUGAAGAAACAUUUGGCAUUUGAGCGUGCGGCAGCCACUCAGGAAGAGCGCUUUAUUGCACUCCAAAAACUAACAACGUUGGAACUGAAAGCCAGAGAACGUACCCCGGAAACGGAAGCCGCUCGACGUGCCGAGAAGGAGCGGCGAAUCGCUGAGGCUAUCCGUGAAUUCCAGCCGCCACCUACACUUCCCACUGUACCGGUGACGGAAGCCGAACAAGUGACUUUAGAUGAAAGGACUCGAGAGAUUGUUGGUCAAGUUCCUUCCACUCCUAAGCGCGCACGCGACAGUAAGGACUCUGGUCGUCCUCCCCGUGACUUUGAGGGAUUGCUCACCCGCAAACACGAAUGGCAAAGCGGGGGUAAAAAGGCACCUUCACGAUCGUGGCACGAUCUUUAUUUCGUGCUGUCUGCCUCCCAAGGAACCUUGUCUGCUUACAAGGAGCAACGGUUAGCAAAAGAGAAACCAGGUGAAUUAUAUCGUCACGAAACCCCCGUGAACCUGGCAGGAGCCUCUGCAGCUCCCGCUUUCAACUAUACUAAGCGUCGCUUCGUAUUCCGCCUGAAGCUGGCUAACGGUGGUGAAACGCUUUUCCAGGCCCGCUCCGACGAGUCGAUGCAUGAAUGGGUUCAAGCCAUCAAUGCUGUUGUAGCCAGUCUUCCAGCUGAACAAGUGGAGUCUACUUCCGGUGCUGGUGGUCGAGCUGCCACUCUACCUUCUGGUGCUCAACCGGAGCCUCAGCCUGGCAGCAGUUCUGCGGCCACCGGCAAAAAGAAGUUCCUCACUCUGGGGCGUAAGAAAUGAAACAGUUAUGUCUGAGGAUUCUUAUCCUGUUCCCUUUGCAACACGCUGGACUCUUCAACAUUGAUUUUUGUCCUCAUUUCCAUUACCCCCGGGUCUUUAUCCAUCCAUGCGUUUGCUUUCUAAAAUUGUCUAUGUGCUUUUAUUCCUGCCCUAUUGAACUGAAAGCGAAACAGGGGAUGGGUUUCACGUGUUACACUUUCUCUUUCGUCACUGCUGUUCGGCUCCUCAGACUGUUUCGAUACUUUUCGCAACUUGGCCGUCCAUCUACAUCCGGGUGUCAGUACAGCGCACACUCGAGUGGGAGUGACCCUUCUGCCUCCCCUGAUUCCCUAUUUUUGAUUUACAUUUGCGUAUAUUAGCUUCUUGUUCUAACUUAGCUGGUCACUGUCACAACGCGCCUUUCGAAACGCUUCUACGUUUUCAGCAUUUUUCUGCCAUCACACUUGAAAUUAACGUUAUUCCUCCAGCUGUCUAGGAUGUUACGAUUCUUUUUUGUAUUUUGUAAAAAGUACUUCGUCGUUUUUGGUUAAUUUUUCGUUAUUGAUGGUUUCGUCGCUUGUUAGGUGAGAUGAUCAGCGUUUCCUCAACUCAUGAGAACAGCUUCUACGCAUGUAUGCAUUUCUGUUCAAUAUUCUCGGAUAUGUCUCGUCCCCGCUUAUAUUAGUUGUGGCUUUCACUGUCCUUCGAAUGACCCAGUUCCUGCGUAGUUCCAUCCACCACGUCUCGCUUUUUGCCCUUCCGUCGGUUUUUCAGACCCACGUUUUCAUCCCUUUGAUUCUUAACCAUAUGCUGUUGAACCCGUUUCUCUCCGGCGUGGUCGUUCUACGCCCCUGCCUUAUCAUACCUCUGCUUCUUUGAUUUUUAGAUCUUUGUUACUCACAUCAUCCAUCGGUUUAGUACUUGAAUAAAGAUCAAUACAAGAACCGACGGUAUUGCCGUCCAUGAUUAAAAUGGACAUGUGAUGCUGCUCUCAUGGUCUCUGUGAGGUCCCGUUUUCUUUCCGCCAGGCUUCAGCUCUUGAACUAGGUAUGUAUGGGUGGUACUGCAUUGUUCAUAUUAACUCCUGAG